UGAACUUGGUGACUGACUGGUGUGCGCGCACGAAGGGGAGGGGUACAGAGCGCAAUGCGCGGUGACGCCGGGCCGGCCUAGGCCCGCCGGGAAGCGAGGAAAGAAAAGGAGGCCGAGACGGUACCCAGCCUCCGUGCUAACCUCGCUCAGGGCUUCUUCGCUGUCCCACCGGUACUACCGAACAGUGGCCCGCGGCUUCGGAGCUCCGUGAGGCGAUGAACCUCGAGCAGGGCCUCCAACCGCAGCCUCCGCCGCUACCGCCGAGCUCCUGCAGCCUGAGGUGAGGGAGCGGCAGCCGUAUAAGCGGCUGAAAGGCCCGUCCCGUCAACCGCGUCUUUUUGCAGCCAUCGAUCGAGCGGCGGAGCCCGUUUGCAGCCGGGCGGUGUAUGGAAAGUUUUGUUGGUGGCAAAAAGGGAGAGAAGGAGCGAGGGGGCGUGUAAGGCGGCGAGAAGGGAUGCGGCGGCGCCCCGGCCUGGCGCUGGGAUCUCAGCCGCCACAGCCGCUGCCUCACAAGGACACAGCGGCUGAGGGAGGGACUGAGGUGGCUUGAGUGGUGCGGCGGGCGUUAAUCCCCCUCCUGCUUGUCCUCAAACCAUCCAUUUAUCUCCUCACCGGCCGGCCUCCUCUCAUCCCUUCCCCGGCAGGCGCGGCCAUUGCGAUUCCCGGGUGGGUGGGAAGUGGGUGGGAAGUGGGUAGGAUGAUCACCAAUACGCGAGGCUUCCUGUGGUCGGACUUGGAGACGCGAGCGCUGCUGGAGAUCUGGGGGGAGGCGGACGUGCAGAGCGCGCUGGACGGCAACUUUCGCAACAGCCAUGUGUACCGGGACGUGGCCUGCCGCCUGGCUGAGCUGGGAUUCGAGCGCACCCCGGAGCAGUGCCGCAUCCGCAUCAAGGGCCUCAAGCGCCAGUACUACCAGGCCCGCGAAGGGCUCAAGAAGAACGGGCACGCCCGCAAAAUCUGCAAGUACUACGACGAGAUGGACCGCAUCCUCGCCUGCAGGCAAGGUGUGGCCGGCCUCGACGGGCAUAGCGCCGUCGAGCGGCCUCUGACCCCCGUGGCGGUGGCGGGAGGAGAUGGCUGCCACCAAUCCGUCGCCGCCAUGCCCCCUUCCGCCGGGCCGGGGACACUUCGCAACACUCGUGAAGCGGACGUGGAGGAGCAGGAGGACGACGAAGAGGAGGAGGAGGACGGCGGUGAGCUCGAGUCUCCCCUGCGUGACAACUUCCACGAGGACUCUGGGGAGUGCUCCUCCUACGCGGAGCACGCCAUCAAAGUGGAGUGUCCCUCUUUCGCUAUCCCACUGCCGCCAGGAGAGGGUUUUAAACAAAUACAUGCUCACACCAAUGCACCACCCUUAUUAUCUCAGGCUAAAAGAUCAAAAAAACGUCAUACAAACUUAACACUGGACAAAAUGAUGGAGAAGUUUCUGCAACAAAGCAUGGAUACCGAAGAGAAGUUUUACAAAUAUGAAGAGCAGAGGCUUAAAAUUGAAGACAAACGGCGUGAUGCUGAGCAUGCUAGAGAGAUCCAGAUGUUGCAGAUGUUGGGACAGAUGUUAGCAGGAAUUUCUUCCACAGUAUCACAAAGGUCCCAGUAUAUACCAAGCAACCCUUCACAGAGAUCAAAUCACCGAUCAUACGGAGAUAAUUUUAACUUUAAUUCUAUGACAACAACACUAUCUCCGCCCAUAGUUAUAGAAAGAUCUUUUUCAGUACACAAAGCACAUUCUGUAAAGGAAAUGGAGAAUAUAUAUCAGCUGGUGCGAAAUGUUAUUCCUCCUCUAACUGCCAAAAAGCAUAAAGGCCAAGAUGGACGAAUAGGAAUUGUUGGAGGAUGCCAAGAGUAUACCGGGGCACCAUAUUUUGCUGCAAUUUCAGCCCUCAAAGUGGGUGCAGACCUAUCCCAUGUAUUUUGUACCAAAGAUGCUGCAACUGUAAUAAAGUCUUACAGUCCAGAGCUGAUUGUUCAUCCAGUUCUUGACAGUCCUGAUGCUGUUCAUGAAGUGGAAAAGUGGCUACCACGACUACACUCAGUAGUUAUAGGACCUGGAUUGGGUAGAGAUGAUGUACUGCUUGAGAAUGCCAAGGGUAUUAUAGAAAAAUCCAAGGUCAAAGGGAUUCCUAUUGUAAUUGAUGCUGAUGGUUUAUGGUUAGUUGCCCAACAGCCUUCUCUUAUUCAGGGUUACCCUCGAGCUAUUCUUACUCCAAAUGCCAUGGAGUUUAGCAGACUGUAUGAAGCCAUGCUUAGAGACCCUGUAGAUAGCAGUGAUCAUCAUGGAUGCCUGCUAAGACUCAGCCAAGUCUUGGGAAAUUUGACAAUUGUUCAGAAAGGAGAACGAGAUCUUAUUUCAGAUGGAGAAAAAGUGCUUGUAUGCAGUCACGAAGGAAGUAGCAGAAGGUGUGGUGGACAAGGCGAUCUCCUCUCAGGUUCUCUAGGAGUCCUAGCGCACUGGGCCUUUCUUGCUGGACCAGAAAAAACAAAUGGUCAAAAUCCCUUUCUAGUGGCUGCAUUUGGAGCAUGUUCACUUACAAGGCAGUGCAACAACCAAGCCUUUCAAAAGUGUGGACGGUCUAUGACAGCCUCUGACAUGGUUUUAGAAAUUGGAGCAGCCUUUAAUAAACUCUUUGAAACCUAAGGCCAAAGCAGCAGAGGAAGAAGAAAAUCACAACACUGACAGCAACGGAAAUUACAGUAGGAUAUCCAUAUAUAAUGCACCCUUUUCCAAAUGCUGUUAGCAGUAUUGGUAUACUAGGUAGCUUUUAUUUUAAAAUAGAAAAAUUGUAGAUAUUUUUUUAAAAGUUUGGAAUACAAUUUUUUUUGGCUGAAGAAGCUGUAGUUGCAGAUGUUAUAAUAUAAUAAAACUAAACUGAAAGUAUUUCCUCUGUUCUAUCUCAGUUAUUGAGCAAUAAGUGUCUGCUAGUAGCAAAAAAUGCACUUGAUGUAAAAAUAAGGGCAUGAUCCAGCCAAAGCUAAGCACUUUCAGCUGUGCAGUCCGAACGCCUGUUUAGUCAAAAGUCAUCGUGAAUUCAGUGGGACUUCCUCCGUAGUAAGUGUUUGGGAUUGUAGCCCUAGUCUCAUUCAUUUCAAUGGAAGAAACUUAAGUAUAUGUUUUUCUCCCCCAUUGAAAUAAAUAGGAUUUGAAAGCACUUAACUCUGGCUGGAUUGCAUCACAAUAUUCUUCCACCAGCUUAACUUAGUUCCUUGAUUUGCACCGUAUUCAUCUGUUUUGUUUGAAGAACUACUGCAGGGUUUCAGUUUUGCACAGUAUUGUGCUGCAUUUGAAAUGCCAUCUUUAAGCAGGGACUGCAUGAAUUUUGCUUUGAAUCCUAGGUACAGAGGCAGUGAUUUUUGUUCCUUGCUUUUUCAAUGGAGAGGGAGGGGUGCGUAUCAAUAGUCUUUCUAUAAAAAAAACAGCAUGAAGAAGCUGUAGAACAUGGCAUGUUGAAAAUAGAACUUAUUUAGCUGAAUGUAUUGAAACUUCAUAUACUGAUCAGGACUAGUUUAGAAUAGAAAGUAUUUGUGGAGAAACCAGAUAUACUGGUGAUGAAAACUUUCAGGGGGUUCAAAAAGGGGGGAAGCUUUAGAAAACAACCAAUCAAUAGCUCCUGCCAUCAGAUCCACAUAGUCUUUCACAGGAAUGGUUGUCGACAGAAAGUGCCCUUCAUGUUUUUGUACUAACUUUAAAAAGUCAUCUCCAGUUGUUGGUUACAGUGAUACACUAGUAUAUUGACAUAGUUAAAGAACCAUCAGCAUUUAGUAUUGAAGAAAGGAAGGGAAAGGGCUGCCUCUUAAAAUCACACAGCAUUGAUGAACAGGAAGCUUCUGUAAAGUUAUCCCUAACAUUAUAGCAUCGAGCAUCUUUGUAAUAAAGAGAACACAAGUAUUCAAGAGGAAGUAUAUUAGCUGUUUUACAUGUAUCCUGUUUCAUUUUGCUGAUUGACUGGAUACAAACUUAAUUUUGUAGGAUCUAUGCACUAGGUGUUUUCAAUAAGAAAAUCCACCUCAUUAAAAUGGUGUUAAGAAGACUGCAAAGGAAGAUUAUCACAGAAUACCCUUUAUUUUUACUUGAAUGACUUGCAGCCUGAUGCUAUGCAUAUUUACCCAGAAAUAAGUCUCACUAAACUCAUUGUGACUUACUCCAAAGUAUGUAUAUGGAGGACUGCAGCCAUAGUCUAUCUGGCUCUAAAGUAGCAUUCCCAUUUGUGUAGAGACAUACUGUGUUGCUGCUCGUACGGUUUGCUACAGUAUAUACUAGUCAGCUAUCACUUAACACUGACUUUCUAACUUGAAACCAGGAUAUUGGUCUGUAUAAAUGCAAUGUGCUUACAACAUUUGGAUGCACUGUGACUACUACCUCAAACCAAUACAUUUAUUUCAUUUUUGGCUUUUUAGUAUAUAACAUUUCCCAUUAUUCAGUUCUAUCAAAGUUCAGAGCACCAAUUCUGACUUUUAAAAGACAUGGUUCAGUCCCUACCACUUCAGAACACAGGUAGGAGGCAGCUCCUCACAUGUUCAAAACUAGCACAUCAGGAAAAAGGGUGUGCACACCCUUCCUUUGGUUGUGAUGAUACAGAUUAUGGCUGAUAUAAUGUACUUUUUCAGCUCUAAGAAAAGGUUGCCUAUAUUUUAGCAGAAUAUAUUUCCAAGACACAUACCCUAUAAUCUAGCACUAGGAAGAUCCCAAUAGGAUUCUAGAGGCCUGUUACCCUUGCCUCCAGUGCAAGUACACAGAUAGCACAAUGUGACAUUAGUGUGAGAGGUUUGCCUCAUGUCUACUUCCAGUCUUCCCACUUUGUACAAUGGAAGCAGAGUAGAUUAAUUUAUAUCAAGAUGAUUUAAAUGAAUUAAGUUGACAAGAAAAAAGCUGAUUUAAUCAGGUUUGCAUUGAUAGUAUUCAUACAUUUCCUAAAGAAUGGUGCAUAUUCACCAUAUUAAAUUUACAACUUAAGUUAUUUUUACAUGAAUGAUGGGGAACUUACGCCACUCCAGAUAUUGUUGGACCAAACCUCAUAUCAUCCCUAGCCAUUGCCAUGCUUGCUGGGGCUGAUGGGAAUUGUAGUUCAGCAACAUGUGGAGGGCCAUAGCCCCCCCCACCUAUGCUAUAGAUGGUGGAGGGAGACAUGACAAAGUUCUGAACCCUACUGGGGUCUUCCACAUGUGGAUACUGCACCCAUUGUGCAAUAGUUGCAAUAGUUUAAAUCACAGUACUGUGCAGAUAAAUACCCACUUUCCAAAAUAAAACAAAAUAUGAAAUGGCUACCAUCAUUAAGAAUUGAGCUAUCAAUUUUGAACAAGUAAGUAGCAGGCUUUUAAAAUUAUAUUUGUAGGGAAGCCAAGCAACACCUAGGAUUUAAAACUGACCAGAAUAGUCAGUAAUGAAUUGAAUUGCCUGUUUUUUUAAUUGUAUUGCAGAAGUUGCAAAUAUGUUGUUCACCGGUGUAUAGAUUUUAUAGUUUAAAUAAUCUGAAGAUGUAGCAGUUCAUUUCUUGAUGAAAUAAAAAUGACAGAUUAAAUAA